ACAAACAACAGCUCGGUCUCUGGCUCACUUUGACAUCUCUCUGCAGAUUUCUAGACAAGGGUCACGGUGAGCAGAAUGGCCACACACUGGUUGGGUAGUGUUGUGUCUAUUAACUGCGGGGUGGCGUUGGGAGUGUAUCAGGGAGAGGUGUCAUCUGUAGAUCACGCCAGCCAAACCAUUUCACUGAGACAGCCCUAUCACAACGGGGUGAAGUGUCCUGUUCCUGAGGUCACAUUCAGUGCCAUGGAUAUCAAGGAAUUGAAGUUCCUAGACAUUCAAAACACAGUGAGCAAGCCCUUCUCUGGGCAGGAGGCUUCAACAGAACCCAGCUCCACGUCAGCAGGACGCCAGAGCAACAGAACCUCUCACUCUCAUGCAACAAGCAGCAGCGUUCAGUCCAGCACUGCUCCGAUCACUAUCCUACGCAGAGCACCUGCAGGUUCAUCCAACAGCAGAGGGGCAACGCAGGCCAUGCCGAGGAAACCUACUGUGAGGAACGGAGCUGCUGGAGGGCCGGUGAGGUCAAAGGAUGACGAGUGCUUUGGUGACGGGACGGACAAGGACCUCGACACUGAUUUUGACUUCGAGGGAAACCUGGCUCUGUUCGACAAGGCUGCCAUCUUCUCCCAGAUCGACGGUAUCAGCAGCCGCAACAACAAGGCGCAGCUUCACAGCACACAGGCCGAGCAGAAGCCUCUGUCCUAUCGCCAUGACGAGAAUAUUCUGGAGGGGAAGCCAGUCAUAUACAGACAGAUAACAACACCAGAGCAUGGGGGCAAAGAAUACUGUACUGACUCAGGCCUGGUGGUUCCCAGUGUGCCCUACAUGCUUCAUAAGCGUCUACUAGCAGCUGCAGAGCGCUGGGGCCUGUCUCUUGAGCGCAGGCUGGAGGCGAUAGGUAUUUGUUCCAGUCAGAUGGCUCUCACACUGCUGGGUGGACCGAAUAGGCUCACCCCAAAAAACGUCCAUCAGAGGCCCUCCGUGGUCCUUCUGUGUGGGCCCCAUAUUCAGGGAGCCCAAGGCAUCAGCUGUGGCAGACACUUGGCCAACCAUGAGGUGGAGGUCAUCUUGUUCCUGCCCAACUUUGUGAAGAUGCAGGAGUCAGUUACUAGCGAAGUCAACCUCUACAGCAGGACAAGCGGCAAGCAGGUGGCCAGCGUCAAAGACUUGCCUGCGAGCCCAGUCGAUCUGGUCAUCAACUGCCUGGACUGCCACGAGAACCUGCUGCUGAGGGAGCAGUCCUGGUACCAAUCAGCUGCUGACUGGGCCAACAGGAACCGAGCUCCAGUCCUGAGUAUCGAUCCUGCGGUCAGUGAGCAGCAUCAAACUGUCGAGGCAAAGUGGACCCUCUCUUUAGGACUUCCACUACCUUUGGCAGACAACGACACUAGAGUGUACCUCUGUGACAUUGGCAUCCCUAAGCUGGUUUACCAAGAAGUUGGCAUCAACUACCACUCGCCCUUUGGAUGUAAAUUUGUCAUCCCUCUGCACCCGGCAUAACAGAGUUUGUAUAUUUGUACACUACAAGGGAGUGGUCUUAUUUUCCACAGUUAGUGCAAAACAUUGUGAAUGUGGAAGAGCAACUAAAUGACCAAAAAUCUUUGUUACAUUGUGUAUAUGAGUUUUUGACUAAUUUAGGAGCCUGGUAUGAGAGACUGAACUGCAGGUUUGUCGCCUCAGCAGUCGCCACAUGUUGCGUGCGGCACCUCUUGUUUUUGAAAGGGAAAGGUUUCCUGUUCUUUGGUAUGUUUUGAUAAGGGCACUGUGAUGAUUUGAAUAUGUUUACAAAAUGCUGACCACUGUGAGUCUAUCUUCGACCUCUGACCCCGUGGUCAGUCACAGCAGCAGAAACACAGUUCCUGUUUCCUCCUUUAGAUUGCCUGUGGAGCCUGGUUCUGACCUGUGACCUGGAGCACAGUUCAGCCUAAAGCUGUCUGCCAAUCCAGAACUGCCAUUCAGCUUCCACACUUGACAUCUGUGUCCAUUGUCUUUCAAUUUAUUGCAUUAUUUUUUUUUUUGUACUCAAAUAGGUGCUUUUUUGUCAAACAAUGGUUGCAGCAUGUUUUCCUGAAAAGGUGAUAUUAUAUAGAAUCUAUAUUUGUAUUUAUUUUUUGACUACAUCUCAGGAAUAAUGUAUGAAAAAUGGAAAAAAAAAAGCAUUUACACUACUCUGAUGACACUACUUUACACUGGUGCACUGGUGUCUUGAGUUCAUAACCACUGACACUGAAAAUAAAAAAAAUGGUAGCAGACAUUCCUGGAGGAUUUAUUUUUUCUGUAUUUCUGAAGUCCUGCAGAUUAAACAGAAAUUUUUAGCACACAUUCCAGGGACCUUAAAACAUCCUGAGCCAGGUUUAUCUCCAGGGAUUAUGACUAGUUGGCUGUAUUAAAAAAACUAAUGAUUAAACACUUUCCAUUUUCACUCAUCAGAUUCAGGCGCCCUAAGAAACUCUCUCUCUCAUUUUUUGGUUGGCAUAGUGACCUUGUAUUAAAGCUUUCAGCAAAAUGUCAACUUUACUGGAACAAAGAAAACAGCUGUAUCGUUAGAUUGGAAGUCAUGCGCCUCUGAAACUGUACAAGAAGUGCUUUUGAGAGCUCUUAAUUCACUGUUUAAUAAACUUCUUUUCGGGCCACUCAGACUGCAGUACAGUGAGUACAAACAAGAGAGGGACAGAUAGGCUUUCUAGUAUCUCACAUUUAACCAGAUUAACUUAAUACAUAUUGUAUUUAAUGAAUCCCUUUAUUUUGUACCUUAUGGCAGGUCUCUAAAUACUUUUCUUUUUGCUCUCCUUUUGCUUAUUUGCGAGAAAAUGGUUACGUUUGUUAUGGAAUCACAGUGGUUAUUUUGCCACAAAACGUAAGGAAUCAGUACAUUUGUGGUGAACGGAGGAGUUAUAACUCACAGCUUUGAAAUCUGAGAAUAGUACCUCCUGACCUCCUGAGACCAAACCAGAUACUUCCCCAGAGCUUUUGUACAAAGCUGCUAGAGGAAGGCAGAAUACAUUAAUCUGAUGGUGUUUCUACAAAGUUCUAAAUAACAGAUCUGAAUAUUAAUAUAAAAUAAAUAUUUAAAACUAUCCUGGAAAAUUGGGGUAAAGCAGUCUUUUCUGCACUGUUCUUUUUCUUCUCCAUUGUAGCAAAGAGUAAAUAACACAUUUAUAAUAUGGUCAUGGUUGUGAUCAAAUUAUGUUCAUGAUAAAAAUACUGUGUACGUCUGAUCAUGGAUAAGUCUGAUCUUGAGAUUUAGUGGUGUGAGGGGAAUUGGAGAAAGGAUGCCAAUGAAAUGAAAAUAAAUUUAUAAGAGUAAGUGGUACUUUGCGGUCACAUCAGUGGCUUUGUUAUGAAUAACCAUAAAGGCUGACCAUACAUUUUAUUAAGUGUAGCUUUAGAUACACACAAGAACCACCAGGCAAAGUAUUGUUAAAAUGUUUCAAACUGCUAAAUAUACAGCCUGGAUCUUGUGAUCAUGCGGUUGCCAGGGUGACAGUGGGCACAUACUGCAAGUUUUAUACACUAUUAAUUUGACAGGUUUGUUUUGUGGUAACUAGUUUGGUUAUUAUAAUUUAAAAUCUGUAAUGACUUUAUAAACUAUAAUGUUGUUUUACAUUGAACUACCAAUAAAAGCGAUAGAAUGAACUCCACAGUGAUGAACUACGAAUGUCA